AUGAGAAUUAGCAUUGAAAUGAUGAAAUCAAGUAUCGUGUCGUUGAAUUGAAACCCUGAAAAAAAGCAUUUAAUAACCUCUAAAAUCAGUUGAGUCUUCGUUUCAUUCAUUCUCAUAUUUCUUUCUUUAUUUUUAUUUAUUUUUCUCGCAUUUAUUCCAACAACAACUCCUUCACUCAACAACUCUCCCAACCACGGAAAACGACAUACCCAGAACGAAAAAUCGUGACUUUCUUCAAUUUCCAGCAAUUUUGUGUGGAAAAAUUGAGUUUGGAAAUCAUGGGUAAUCGUUUUGUGUGCAUGACGAAGAAGGACUCCAAAGAGAUUGGAUCCAGAAGCAAGAGAAUGGGUGGUGGUGGUAGAUCACAGAGGAAGAUGAUGACUGAAGAAGACUUGCAUCUUCAAGCACUUUCCAUGGCCCUUCAGCAGCAUCAAUUGUCUCAGAGGUUUGAAGGUUCCAUGUCUAGGAGAAUUGGUUCCACUAGCUCUAGAAGGAGAACUUUACCUGAUUCAGUUCCAGUCAACAACAAGCAGGUUCCAGAAGAUCUGGAGAACAUUAAAAUAAAGAAGUUUGUAUUAAUCCAUGGAGAAGGUUUUGGAGCAUGGUGUUGGUACAAGACUGUUGCCUCUCUAGAAGAAGCAGGACUGCUUCCUGUUGCCUUAGAUCUUACAGGUUCUGGAAUUGAUCUCACAGACACCAACAGUGUCACUACAUUGGCAGAAUAUUCAAAACCUUUAACUGUUUAUCUUGAAAACCUUCCUGAAGAUGAAAAGGUUAUUCUUGUUGGUCAUAGCAUUGGUGGUGCUUGCAUUUCUUACGCGUUGGAGCAUUAUCCACAGAAGAUCUCAAAAGCAAUUUUCCUGUGUGCUACAAUGGUGACCGAUGGCCAAAGGCCUUUUGAUGUUUUUGCUGAACAGCUAGGAUCUGCUGAACGUUUUAUGGAAGAAUCGAAGUUUCUGAUAUAUGGGAAUGGUAAAGAAAAGCCCCCAACAGGAUUUAUGUUUGAGAAAGAGCAGAUGAAAGGGUUAUAUUUUAACCAAUCCCCAACAAAGGAUAUUGCUUUAGCCAUGGUUUCAAUGAGACAUAGCCCUCUUGGUCCAAUCAUGGAGAAGCUGUGUUUAUCUCCUGACAAAUAUGGUGCUGGCCGCCGAUUUUACAUUCAAACCCUCGAUGAUCGUGCGCUUUCACCGGAUGUGCAAGAGAAGCUAGUGAGGGAAAACCCACCUGAGGGAGUUUACAAAAUCAAAGGCAGUGAUCACUGUCCAUUCUUCUCUAAGCCACAAUCUCUCCACAAAAUUUUGGUGGAAAUAGCUCAAAUUCCAUAGCUAAAUGGUCACCAUGAUUUGUUUUUAUCUUUCCACCCCCAACUUACAUUAAAGAGUAGAGUUGCUAUGGCAUUUAUUGACCAUCAUAUAUGGAACCCCAAUUGGGAGAGGUAUUUUUUAUUUAUUUUUAUAUAAUCAUGAAAUAUAAUAGAGGAAGGGAGCAUGAUUUCAUUGCCUUUGAAACAACAUUAGUAUUCAACUAGUAAGUAUAAGUAACUUCUGUAAGCCUUGUUAUUUUUUUCCGUGCUUAUUGUAUAUAGUAAUAGUAAUAGUAAUAUUAAUUUUUGUACUUUA